AUGGCUUCACUAUCUACUAUUAAAGAUGUGGAUAUUGAUCCUUCUGGUGUUUUUAAAUAUAUUCUUAUUGAAGCAACAGAUAAAGCCACAAGAGAAUCAAAGAUGAUUGUUCGUGGAUAUGGUAAAUGUCCUUAUCAUGCAGAUAUCUUGGAUAGUGUAAAAGAAAAAGAAACAAAAGAUUCUAAAUUUAAAUGUGUAGGAGGUGGUAGAAUAAAUCAUGACAAUGACAAUAAAAAAAUUCUUGUUUAUGGAUAUUCUGUUGGAUACGGGAAAGCUGAUCACCAAAUAACUGUAGAUAUUUUAAAGAAAGAUUAUCCAGAAUAUAAAAUUGAAUUUUCUGAUGAAGGUUAUUAA